AUGCCCAGCACGAUUUUCCGCGAAAAGAUCUCGAGUCGGCUGCAUAAAUUGGUUGCGAGUUCGCCACGGACGCAUGUGAUCCUGAUCCCAUCGCCGCGGGAUCUACUGGCCAGUCAGGUAGACUAUCCACAAGCCGCCCUGAAUAUCAAAGAUCCGGAACUCGGCUUGUUUGGAAGGAAUAUAGUCUGUUUGCCGAAUCCUUCAAUCAUCAGCAUCAAUGAGGUCAUCAUCGGAAUCAAUAAUGUCGACGUCCUGAUGCCUCUUAAAAAAGAAGAAUUCUUCAAACAAGCUACCGUGGUCGUCGAUGAGGAGACUGCUCAAGAGGGGACAGAUCCUAACGCUACGAAUGUUAUUUGUAGAGCUUGUAGGCAUGUGAUGAGACAACGCAGCUUUUAUCCCCUUUUCCCACACGCGAUCGGGAUCGGAAUGGAUGCGAUUAACCUGGAUGUGACCCAUCUAGACCUACUCAAACACGACACAGUCGGCGCGGAUAUCCUGAUCCUACCCACGAACUUUACCGCAUUCGUUAAGUCGAUCGAUUCGACGGUCGUCGUUAACCCCAGACACUGUGCAAUCUAG